AUGGCGAUAGAUAAGAAGUACACACUGGAGACGUGGACACAUGCUGAUAAAUAUGUGCGAGCUUUGCGUGAUUUGCGCCUGAACCAAGUUCUCUCGCGGCCUCGUGAUAACUGUAGGAGUGGGAGACGGUUUAACGACAUACUCCGAGAAUCGAGCGGUAAGGCCGACAAGGCUGUUGCUAGACGCUCGUUAGUAGUUCGGUGUAUUGUCUUCGCAAGGUGCCCAACUGCUGGCAUCUCCGCAGGGUUCGCUCUUCCAUCUGAGGGCGGUGUGUUUAAAUCCCAUCACAUGAUACAAGUGUAUUCGUUUAUGUCUUGCAAGUCCAUGGUGUCUCAGCUCCCAACGCACUACUUAGACUGGAUGUAUGUAUAUUGUGGCUCAAAGGCGCAGAUGCAGUGCUUCGACAUUACCAGGUUGGCUCGGUUGAUCACCGUUUCGUACCCAAAGAAACGCUCCUGGUUCAAGCCACCCAGCGUCGUAAGACGUCUGCCAUUUCGCAAGGUCCAAACUAACCCAUUUGCCCUGGUCUUCUGUCGCUCUUCUGGCCUUGAUCGUGCGGUCGACAAGCGAAUCAAAGACCCCCAUCAGGCCCGCCGACGUCUUGCUUCCUCAACGCUCGGACGAUUCACGAUUUCAACUGCUGCGCCGCCAGACUCUCGUUUCCGCCUUACAACGUCGCUCGCUCUUUACCCCUUCGCUAACGCCAACCGCACGCGCCUUGCCCGCCGUCCUACCCUCGUUUGUUCUACUCUGAACCCUCACAGCGCGACAAUGCCAUCGCAAACUAGUACCACUGCUUCAACUCCCGGAGGCGCUACUCCCGCCAAACGGUUCGAGCUUCCCGCUCUCGAUUUCAAGUUCGGUUCCCUGACGGAUGGCACCGAUAUCCCCCCACCGCUACCUUCGCCGGUGAAGGAGAAGGCCGCUCCUACCCCGCCUGAUACGCCGGAUGUCGACAAAGGGCAGGAACAGAAAGGGGAAGACGAAGCGAAUGGAAAGCCGGACACCGCAUCACCCAAGUCCCAGUUGUCAGGCAUUUCGGUAGCGGGCACCAAACGACGCGCCGAAGACGGUCCUGCCUCGCCCACCUUGUCGAACCGACCGGGGAGCAUCCGACGUCUGUUUAGCCGGAGUCUGCUGAAUCAGGCACAGACAAAUGGGAGUGAGAGUGCUGGGAACGGGCGACCGAAAAGCCGUGGCGGAACCAGCGUCUCGGACUCGAAGAAGGCCAAACGAGCGAGCGGCUGGUUCGGCCGCUUACUGAGCAACGACAAUGGCACCAGCAAGUCCGCGACGCCUCUCUCACCACCGGCCACAGACGAGAAGAAACCGACCGGUCCGCCGCCGCCGAUGAUCCCAGAGCUUAGCGAGAUAAACACCAAGCUGGGCAUCCAAAAUGACAAUAGCUUUGACGGCGACCUUUUCAAGGACAUCAAAUAA